AUGGGGUUGUGGCCAUCACCUUCUUCGUUUUUUGCGACGGAAUUGCACAUUUCCACCAAUGCCACCAUCAUUUACGCACUUAGAAAGUGUGUAUAUUUGGUAUGUGAGGUGUCUGACCUGUUUGGUUCCAAUGUGUCCAGUCCUUCACAUUAG